AUGGCGGAGAGUAGCAUGGAAGCUGGUGCUUCAGUUGACUGGGAUACGGUCUUUUCCUCAGACACGGAGGAUGAAGCUGCAGGCAGGGCCAAAGCCGAGAAGAAGAUGGGCAUUGCCACGCAGAACAAGCAGAACGGGAAUGCCCUCAUGCAAGCAGGAAAGCUUUCCGAAGCAGAAGUCCUUUACAGGAAAGCCCUCUCUGCAAUAUGGGCGCCCUAUCGCCAGAGGAAGGAUGCAGCUGCCGUGGCCCUGGGAGUUGCAGUGGACCUGAAUCUGGCUUUGUGCUAUCUGAAGCUCGAGCGCUGGGACGCUGCAAGGCGAUCUGCGAGCAGGGCUUUGGAGGUGGAGCCUGAGAAUCCCAAGGGCCUCUACCGCCGUGGGCUGGCGUCGGCGAGAUUGGACCUGCUCGACGCCGCACACGACGAUCUCUCGAAGGCCUGGCAGCACUCGCCGUCGCCGGACGUUCAGCAGGAGCUGCAGAGCGUCCGUGAGCGCCGGGGCAGCAAAGCCGUGCCCCGCGGGUUCUUAAAGGAAGCCAAGGAGCCCAAGGAGGAGCUCGAAGAGGAGCCCAAGAAGGACGAGUCCCAGGAAGGGCCCCAGGAAGCUUUGGAGGAUGAGAGCGACUGGGCGGUCACCGAACAGGUCGAAGACGCACUUUCCGAGGCCGGGAAGCUGCUUCUGGCCAUCAGUGAGCGGCGCAUCGCCUGCCGAUCCCAGACGGAGGUCAAAGCCCUCCUUCGCCAGCUUGACAGCCUGUCGGAGCUGCUGCCACAGGCUCGGACGGCCAUUGCCGCGGCGAUCACGAUCCCGGCGCCGGAGACCUUGGAGCCCAAGGAGUGCUGCGAGCUCUUCGAGCGGAUGGCCGAGGGCCUCUGGAGCUUUCGGCCCUUCUUCGCCCUGCAAGAGCGACAGCCGGGGGAGUUUCGAAAUCUACGGGUCUGCCGUCAGCUGGGUACGAACCCGAAGUCGAAGAACGCCUGGCCCCGAAGCUUCGACGUGGAGUUGAUCCGCUGGGGCGAGGCGAAAGCUGCGACUCCGGGGGACUUCGCGGAAGCGCUCUUCCCACCCAGCGGGAAGCCACCCAACAAGGCUGCGGCCAGGUGGCAGUCGGAGGUCUUCUUCCGAGUUUUCCAGAAGGAUGCCGGGAACUACGUGGCGGGUGCCGUGUGGCUGCUCCUGCGCGAGGCCCUGCAGCGUGGAAUUCAGCUUCAGGUGAAGGGCCGGGCCAUCCUGGAGGUGGGUUUGUGUCAGGGUAUGUUCUUCGAAGCUCCAGAGAAGCACGGGCCGGCAGCUGAAAGAGAGGACCAGGCUCCUCAGGACUCUCUGGCCAUCUGCAGUGGGGCAGACCGGCGCUUGAUCCUCGUCCCAACCUUCACCACAGUGGGUGUGCCCCACAAAUGGCUCCUCCUGAAGAGCGAAGAUCAGGUGAUGGCUGCCGACCUUUGCUCCGGAGCCCUGGGUCUCUUGGACUCCGGCUCUGGGCUUAGCCCGGUCCGUAUCUGGGAUUCUCAGAGCGACCCGAGAUACGUGGUCCGCUGCUCCGCCUGGGGCGAGGAUGCACGGCUACUGGCCCGGCCGCCAAAAGUGGGCGGGUCGUCUGGGGCAACGCAGAUGCGGCUGGCCGUCGGAUCACUGCUUGCAGCAAGUGGAUUGGGCUGGGAUGCAAGACUGGGCGAUGAACUUGCGGAAUCCCUUAUGCAAGAGCCUUCGACGAUGCAGCUGUACGAAGACGACACCUUAGAAACUGCAAGGAGACUUCACAAUGCCAUCACUCUACUGGGGCUCUCUGCCUCGCUUCCCUCUUCCUUCCUGGAGGCUGCUUCCGAUGAGGACAUUGCAGCUGUGCAUGCAGAAGCAGUGGGACAGAUGGCACAGCGGAAGCUCCGAUCGCUCGGCUUCGAGAAGUUGGCCGAAGGCAUAUCUCCCACCUUCAUGUGCUUGUUCGCAGCAUUGCUCCCAGCUACGGGCAAUGCCAAAGAACGCGAACAUGUCGCGCCGAAUUUGCCAGAGUAUCGAAGGGGCCAAGACGUCCGAACUCUUCAAACCAAAUCCACUUGGCGGAUGAAGGACGGACAGGAGGACAAACGCAGCCUCCUUGCGAAGCUCCGGGAUCCCAACAGCAAGCCGAGAGAUCUUGCUACGACGGUCGCUGCUUUGCAGCAGCGUCGUCUGCUGACUGAGUCCCGGGAGUACACGACAGCGAUCAAUGUACUUGGCAAGUUGGGUCUUUGGCGUGAGUGCUUGGGCUUGCUGGUGGACAUGCAAAGGAACGGGCUUACGCCCAACGUGAUCACCUACAACGCAGUUCUAAAGUCGCUGGCGCGCAACCGCCGCUGGCAGGAGGCGAUUCAGCUGAUUGGGGAGAUCUGGGAAUCAGGGCUGUCACCCGAUGUGAUAUCCUACACAACGGCCAUCUCUGCGUGCGCUGACAGCGGGCGCUGGAAAGAGGCUUUGCAGCUCCUGGCCGAGAUGGAGCGUGCUGGGAUCAAGGCCGAUGUCCGGAUCUUCAAUGCAGCCAUCAACGCUUGCGCACAGGCCGGCGAGGCCGUGCGAGCACUGCUGCUCUUUCAGGGCAUGCCCGAGAGGGGGCUGGUGCCGGAUACAAUUACGUACAAUGCCCUCAUCAAUGCUUGUGCCCGAGGGGGAGCCUGGGAGGAUGCCCUGCAGUCUCUGACGAAGAUGAAGGAGCAGGGCUUGACCCCACAGACAAGAACCUACAACUCAGCCAUCAAUGCGUGCGACAAGGCUUUCCGUGGCUACGAGACCCUGCUGCUGUUGGAUGACAUGCAUGACCAUGAGGCGAGGCCCAAUGCGGUGACUUAUAACACCGCGAUGAGUGCAUGCUUGAAGGGCGGAAUGCAGGAGGAGUCUGAUCUCUGCACCUGGGUCGUCCUUUUUGUGCUUCGGAUUGCAGCCAAGCCCGGCUUGAGCUGCGAUGUGUCUGAGCUCCUGGAUGGCUCUACGCCCCAGCUGAGGGAAGUGGAGGCGGGGGCCAUGUCCAGCCGCCCAGGUGUCGAAGCGCGGGUCGAUCUGCCCGACGAUCCGGAAGAAGCUCGUGUGAAGUACAUCAAGCUCAGGCAGCUGGUACGCGAGACUUUCGAGAGCUUCCUCCGGAGUUUGAACUCGCAGUCGCUGCGAUGGCUGGAGCAGCAGUUUGAAGACCAUGGCGAGAAGCUGAACUCCGGCAAAUUCCUGCGGAUUUUCUCCAGAGUGUGCCCGCGCUUGGAGUCGGCAACCUUCCCCAAGUACGAGGAGCGAAAGCUCGCGGUGCACCUCUCGGUGCUGAAGCUCUUCGAAGGGAUGGACGUGGACGAAUCCGGAGAGACCUCCUGGAUGGAGUUUGUGGAGUUCAUUAGCGCCGUGGCCGAGGAGCUGCGGUUGAAAGCUCAAGAGCUGUCUGGCCAAAUCUUCGAGUUCCAUACUGCGUCACUUGUUCUUCCUAAUUACAAGCCCACCAUCACAAAGUGCCAUUUCGACAAGGUUUAUUUCUGGCCGAACCAUCCAAUGGAGAGUGCCAUCGUGUUCGAGGAGGGUCAGGCCAGCUUCUUCCUGCACCGGCAACAGACGAUGCUGCGCCGGCGACGAGUGGAUGGCCAUCAGAGCGACCUCCUCGCAGCAGCCUUCCUCUACACCGACAGGGAAGAUGCCAACGUCAACCUUGUCGUCACGUCUGGCAAUGACAAGACCUUGUGUUUCUGGGAUGCUAACGCCUUCAACCUAGUGAAGCGUUGGAGUCUGAAAGACGUGGUUGGUGAACUUUGCUGGUGUGGAGAGAUCAAUGCUCUCUACGCCGCUGAUCACUUCAGUGAGCGCUUCUGGGGAUGGCUCAUCAGAGACGAGCUGGAGGUGAAAAC